AUGGCCUCCCUUAGAAACCUCUUGGUUACCCUCUCCAUGGUGUCACUUAUGGCAUGUUUUGCCAAUGCGCAGCUUUCACCAAACUUUUAUGCCUCUUCGUGCCCUAAUCUCCAACUCAUUGUGCGUAACGCAAUGAGGGAAGCGAUUAACAGAGAGCUGCGCCUUGGAGCCUCUAUCCUCCGCUUGUUCUUCCACGACUGCUUCGUAAAUGGUUGUGAUGCAUCGAUACUUCUGGACGAUACCGCAACUUUCACGGGCGAGAAAAAUGCAGGCCCAAACCAAAAUUCAGCAAGAGGUUUUGAUGUGAUUGACACCAUUAAAACACGGGUUGAAGCCGCUUGUACUGGCACAGUAUCUUGUGCAGACAUCCUGGCGCUUGCAGCACGAGAUGGAGUUGUCUUGCUGGGAGGACCUACAUGGGCAGUCCCGUUGGGCCGAAGAGACGCAAGAACAGCGAGCCAGAGUGCCGCUAAUAGCCAAAUUCCAUCACCAUUCUCUAGCCUCUCAACCCUAAUCUCCAAUUUUGCUGCUAAAGGCCUAAAUGCUCGUGAUAUGACCGCGCUCUCUGGUGGCCACACCAUCGGCUUCUCACAGUGUUUUACGUUCAGAAGCCGUAUAUAUAAUGACACGAACAUUGCCCCAAUGUUUGCAGCCAAUCGCAGGGGCGUCUGCCCGGCUUCAGGUGGGGAUUCGAACUUGGCCCCCCUUGAUAUACAAAGCCCUAACCGGUUCGGCAACACCUACUACCAGAACCUUGUUAGUCAACGUGGGCUACUCCAUUCAGAUCAAGAGCUUUUCAAUGGUGGAUCACAAGAUGCAUUGGUUAGGCUUUACAGCACUAAUCCCACUGCUUUUUCUAAUGACUUUGCUGCUGCCAUGGCGUGGACCAUGAGGAAGGACAAGGCCAUGAAGCAGGGCAUUUACGAUCGCUUGGUUGCCCUAGAGAAAAAUGAGACUCUAUAUGCCAAAGUCUGUAAGCUUUGUGAAGAGUCUUCAAAGGCAGUAGUUUCCCGCGAGCUCUUCCAAACCCAAGGGGAACAUGUUGCUCUCCUUGAAGAAUUUAAGGCCUUCAAGUCAAAUCCAGAGCUAGGGAAGAUGAUGAAGAUUGGAUGGAGAGCGUCGAUUCGUGCCUCUGGUGUUCCCUUAUCCUCUAAGCUCUUUUCUCGUCAUGAUGCUUGGUGUAUUUCUUCUUCUACUACGAUUUUGACAACCAAUCUCCCUUAA